AUGAGUGUCUAUGACGUCCAAAUCAUCUAUUCAAGUACUGGGGAAGAGCCAGAAGAUAGGGACCACCAUAGUCAAGACCUCGCACCACCUACAGAGCCUCCCCUAAUAGUUGAGGAUGUUAAUAAAAAAGAAGAAGACCAGAGUAAGACUGCAGUGAGCGAGCAAGCACCAACUUCAAGCACAGAUAAGAAACAGAAAGAUGAUCCCAAGUCUGAGUUGUCCAAGCCGACCAAGGAGACACAGUCCAAGCAGACCAAGGAGACACCCUUAUUAGUGGCAUCAAGGAUGGGUAUUGUAGAGAUGGUACAGAAGAUAAUUAAAAAAUUCCCAGUAGCCAUUCGAGAUACGGACUCUGAAAAGAAGAACCUACUGCUUUUGGCUGUAGAGCAUAGGCAAACAGAGGUCUAUAAUUGGUUAAUAGGAGAAAAGUAUCCAGAGCACGUGUUUUGUCAGGUGGAUAAAGAAGGAAACAAUGCGAUGCACCUAGCCGCAAAGUUCCAGAAGCUGGAUGUGUGGCGCAUCCCUGGUUCCGCUCUACAGGUGCAAGGCGAAAGGAAGUGGUACAAGUAUGUCCUGCACACUUUGCCACAUUCAUAUGCACAUUCAUAUGCUUAUAACGAGAAAGGUCAGACAUCAAGAGAGGUCUACAUAGAGACGCAUGCGAAGUUACUCAAAGAUGGAACUAAAUGGCUCCACAAAAUCGGCAAUUCAUACUCUGUCGUUGCCGCACUGUUUACUACAGUUGCAUUUGCUACAGCUGCCACAAUCCCAGGCGGGCCCGAUGAGUUUGGCCAUCCACGCUUUCAAAAUCAACCUGUUUUUGACGUGUUUUGUAUAUCAUCACUUGUUUCUCUUUGCUUCUCAGUCAUGGCCCUGGUGUUUUUCUUAGCUAUCCUGACAUCUAAAUGCGAACACGAUGAUUUCGAGAAAGACUUACCAAGAAAGUUGCUCAUUGCAUUAACUUCGCUCUUUGUAUCAGUAUCUGCUAUCUUGGUCUCAUUCUGUGCUGCGCAUUCCUUCGUCCUCGGGGAUAAAUUCAAGAAUAAGGCAUUUCUAAUAUACGGGGCAACAUGCAUACCUGUGGUGUUUUUAGCAUUUAAUCAAUUCCCUCUCUAUGUUGAUCUCAUAUGUACAUCCAAAAAGCUACCAAGUCGUAACUAUAAGGAUGAUCCAAACUGGUAGAUAUUAUGACAAGAGUAGAGCAUUGCACGGUUUCCGACUUUAGUUUCCGAAUAAGACUGGGUUGUUUUGUGUUAAAAUUGAUGAAUUCCAAGAAAGAUUUGCCUUCGUCGAGAGGAGGCGAGAUGGAGAUAUCAUUUUUCUAUGUAUCCUGAAUAAACUUCUGUAAGAGUUGCAUGUGAUUUCAUAUACCUUGUUUUCCGGGAUAAAGCUAGUUAAGUAGGGUGCUAAAGGUUGUUUGAUCCCUUAAUUCAUGUGAACUUAAGGGAGUCUUAGGGAACUUAUCAUAUCUGGAUAGCACGAAAAAUGUAUUAUCCUAUUUGUAAUCCUAUUGAAAAAUAAAAAUGCUCAGCUUUACAAGGAU